GUGUUAUCUGAACCUCAGAGGAAUACAAAGCGAUCCAUUUCCAUGUGGCUUCCUUUUCGCUCCCUAACUAUGAAAUAUUUAAACACCAACGCUUUUCACUUGCAGGACACCUGUUGCUUUUCAAAGGACUGGAUCUUCCUCUCCUUCCACUCACAUAAAGAUGCUGAACUUUCUCUGUAUAGUAUCCAUUUUAAUAUCUUGCCAUGCUGCAAACGGACAGCUAGAAGAGGAAGAAGAUUGUGGAAAUGGAUUUAAUUGUUCAUGGAGACAACAACCCCCCCUGAAUUGUCCAGCAGGUUUUUUCUGCCCGGAUGAUGGUUCUGCCCCAGUUCCAUGUCCAGAAGGUACCUUCCGCUCUUUGGGAAGUUUUCCUUCCCAUUUGUGUUUGCCCUGUCCUGUGAAUUUCUUCAACGCUAAGCAUGGUCAGUCGGCUUGCUUUCCAUGUGGCUCCGAGGCCAUCCAACCCAAGGAAGGACAAAAAGUUUGCAUUUGCCUUCGGGAAGGCCGGAUAUUCCAGCCCAGUGAUGCUCAGUGUCCAUGUGCCCCUGGUUAUAAAAGCCCUACCAAUGACAGGAGAUGGGAUUGUGUGAAGGAAGUAUAUAACAUCUGCAGAGAUGCAGCCAUCCGGAACCAAGAGGGACAAUGCUUAACUAAAGAGGAAUGGACACACUACUGUGCAGACAAGGUUUGCGCCGGCCCCAAAGACUACCAGGGAUAUGACAAAGUCCUUGGCCUUUGCCUUUGUCAAGCUGACAAUCUCGACAGCGUCUGCAAUCCCCAAUGCAGACGACGACAAAGAAACAUUUUGCAGUUUGUCUGUGACCAAGAACCAGCUCGGCUUUCUUUGACUUACAGAAAUGGGAGCCAGGCUGGCAUUUUAUUGGAAGAAAUUAAGCCUUCGCUGCAAGUGUUAAACUUCUACAGUGAAAAUGGUUGCACCUCUGAGGCGAAGAAAGGAUCCCAGCCUGUGUACAUAGUAAAAACAAAUGGAAGAGGGUUCUUAGGGGUAUACAAUCCCGAACCAGAGAUGCUCCAUUAUUUCCUUACCGCAGAUGGGAUCGCAUCAGCAAAUGGAUGGGAGACCACAGCUUCCUCAGGGGCAUCUGGCAGAGAAAAAUCUAGAUUUUACUGGUCACAACUCCAGCAGCCUUCCAACUCUACACUGAAAAUCACUUUUACUGGCAUCUUUAACCCAACUGCAUGCCUCAGGAUUCAUGAGAUCAUCAUGUUCAUUGUUUCCAAAAAUCAUUAUCCCAUCUAUGAUGUGUAAGUACCAUUUCUGAACCCAGCUGAACGUUUCUGUUGGCUGGGAGGAUGGCUGGGAUUCUGCAUCAGGAGACAUAGGGUGCAUCCCUACAAGUUCCUUUUACAGAACACCCUGCUAACUUUUUCAACUCAUGUCUGUUCCUAGCAACAACUUGUAUAAUACAAACCUUGAGUUUGACUGGGGUGGUUUCCGCAGCCUAGCAGAGGAAGCAACGUUGACCUCGGACACCAGCGACGUCCUCCUCUUCUUUUACCAGUUCCACGAUCCGGGAACUUACGUCUUGCGGCUAAGUAGCAACCAGCAUAAACGAAUGGCAUGUCUCUUUACAAAGUAGACUUUCUAAGCUAAGCAGACUUUCUCAACUAAACUAAGUAGACUUAGCUAAAGCUAGACUAAUGUAUUAGUACUAUAACACCCACAGCGGGUGGUUUACAUCUAUGAAAGGAAUUGGCCAUUUGUCUCACCUCUAAGCUAUUCAUUCUAUUUCACAUCAUACAUUUAUAGCAUUGUGAUACCACUUUGACUUCCAUGACUGCAAAUUAUGGAAUCCUGGGAUUUGUAGCUGGGAGACGCACUAAUUUUCUUUGGCUGAGAAUUCUAAAUUCUGAAACUGCAAAUCUCAGGAUCCCAUAGGAUGCAGCCAUGGCAGUUAAAUUGGUAUCAUAGCAAAGUAACUAUGAAAGGGACUAUCGAUAAUAAUAUUACAAUAAAAUUAUUAAAUAGAAAAAAUGAAGCUGAAAGCAUUCAGAUGCAAUUCCAGUCGGCUCCAAUGGACAAUGUCAUGUGCUGAGGCUUUUCCAAAUUGGGUAUAUGCCCUUUUUCUGAAAGCUUUCCAAAUUAUUUGGGCCUUUCUGUUGUGUGAAUGUCACUUCCAUGCCAUCUGAUAUGGCUUUCCUGGCUCUGUGUGGUUCUUUUUGCAAAGUACGUCAGAGUCAUGCCCUACGGCGGACAGUGUUACGAAGACGGACCCUUCUUCCCAACAACUCCCAGGCAUGUCGUCCAAGUGGGAAUCGCGCCGAUCCCAGAUCUCAUCCUGAAACCCGACUGGCAAGCAAUUGUUGGGAUAAUAGUUGGACUUGUCUUUCUCCUCCUCAUCUGCCUCCUAGUAGUUUUUCUUUGUCAAGUCUUUGGCUGGUCCAGGAAACAGUGCCUCAACCCUCGGUUCCGACAAUUGCAGAUGAAAUAUAAUCUGGAUAAAUAUUCUUCCAAAGAAUCGAAGUUUGAUGCCCUCAGAAAGUAUCACCCUGGGAUACAGAAAAGUGCCAAUACAGAUAACAAUUGCAGCCGCAUAGAGCAGAGAGAAGGUGGGUAUGAAAUAUGGGACUCUGAAGAACAAAUAGACCUGGAUUCGUUCAAUACCAAUGUCUUCUUUGAAAUUUUGGUUACACAGUCUCUGGCAGUAACAGCCAAACUGAGUCAGUUUAAGGAAGAGCUGAAACACUUGUAUCACAAACUUCUGGAGGAAACCGCCUCACUCAGAGAUCUGUGGAUAGCCAAGGUUGGCAUUCCUGAUGGUGUUGAAUCUUCCAGUGAUGAGUUGGUGAGAAACUACACCAAGGCGAAACAGCAGGCAGAGGCGGAGAUCCAGAGAAGAAGACACUUGGCCACUGAGUAUGAAGAAUGUGUGAGUCGGCAGCUCCGCUUACUGACGGGGGAGCUGAAAUCUCAUGAGGAGCAUUGGGUGGCCUUUCAUUCAGCUCUCCGAGAAGCAACAAGAUUGGCAGAGCUGCUGGCAGACACAUUGUCUUCUGGAGAAGAAUCGAAGUCCAACCAUCACCGGUUAUUAAACCUCAUAGAUGCUGCCAGCAACCAAAUGUCCAGCCUCAUCGUCAAAGAAAGCCACAGGCUCAUGCUUUGGGGGAUUCUGAGAGAAGGUACUGGGGGUCAACUGGUGAAUAAAGAAAAGACCAGGCUGCUCACCAAGGAGGAACUUGUAGGACCAGAUGGCUCUGUGAAGGCACAUGAUGCUCUGCACCAGGUUGCAACCACUGGACUGAUAGUACCCAGAGAUGAUGCAGUCAUGCUGUUGGCCAACCAGUCCAUGAAGCUCAUACCUCCAGACCAUUUUCUCCAUCCUGGCACCGGGAAAGUACUCCCUGUAGCUGGUAACAUUGGUUUCAGUCCCAUCAACUCUAAGCUGAUUCCCAUGGUUGACUUAGCUUCUGAUGAGCUCCCUCACACAGCGAGACCCAUCUUCCCCUAUAUUCCAUAUCCCAUGUGCCCCAACACUGGCCUGCCGAUAAAAAGUAAAUUACCGAUUCUGCAGCCAGAGAAGGUGUUCAAACUAGGAGGCUUCAUGCAUGAUCCAGCUUCAGGGAUAGAGGUGCCGAUACUUGCUGUGACCAUCCAUCCCCAAACUGGCCAAAAGAUGACCUUGGGUGGGACAUACCUGAAUCCUCUAACAGGAAUGGUGACUCCGCUUGAAAUUGGUGGGCCCAUGAGAGCGACAGAAGGAGGCAAAAUCGUCCCGAUCCUUGGAGUCAGUGUGGAUAGCAACACAGGAGAUGUCAUUCCUCUGGGGGGUUUGCAGGGCUCUUCUGAGAACCUCCUGCUUAUUGGAGAUUCCUUUGUGGAAGCCCUGAGUGGAAAGAUCGCUCGGGUGCAAGGCCUUUGCCUCCAACAAGGCAAGGUGGCUCCCCACGCCGGAGGCUACAAGGUGGUCUUGGAAGCCAAUCUACUCAUUGCUCAGAUUCGGGUGGCCAAAGCUCUCAGAGAGUACAAAGACGACAUUUGGGAGGAUCGGUGCUCUGCUGGCGAUGGGCAAACAUCCCUCAAGGUGGCAGAGGAAGACAUGACGAAAGUGCUAUCCCAGAAACUGGAUUAUUUGACGUACUGGCUACAAAACCUAGAGAAACAGCAAGAGUGUGCUUCUCAUCUCAAGAGUACUGGUGGGAAACUUGGGAUGAUCAAAUAUCCCGGCACAGAACUUUGGAUGCCUGCUGUGUUUGGGAUGAAAAUCCCGGAUCCCGGAGGUUCUGGCUUGAUGGUUCCCAUCCUGGGAGUGGAAUGUGACUGGAAAACUGGACAGCCGAUCCCAUUAGCAGGAACCAUGGACAAUGCCAAUGGGGAAGGUUUAGUUCCUCUUGCCAUCGGCUUCAGAACCAUUGACCCCAUAACAGGGGAGAUGGGUCCAGUCAUUGGGGCUCAAGUCAAUCCUUGGACAAUGGCUGUCAUUCCUGUCGUCCAGUCCCUAGGAAGUUUACCAAGAGGAAGUCCUGAUCCAGAUCUGUCAGCUGCCUUGGACAAUGAGAUCAUUGUUAAGCGAGGCUACUGGUUCAGCCAAAGAGAAAAGGAAGAAGAGCUCUUUAAAGAGUUGGAGUUCUUGUGUCUGGAUAUCUUGGAAGCCGCCAAUGAAGGAAAGAUGAAAAAGAUAAAGUACCAGGACAAAUUAAAACCUGCAGAUGAAAUCUGUCGCUUCCUGAAAGAGUCCUCAGUCCAAGAAGCCCAACGGGGAGCCAACAGGCACCUGAAAACAUUUUGGGACUCCCAAGAAUCUCUAUAUAUAAGAGUUGAGAAGGACGAGAGAGACCAGGAAGCCAAAGUUCGGUUUUUGCUGAGGAAGAUGUUGGAAAGACUGGUGCAGUUCAUCCGAAAGGUCCAGCUGGAAGAAGGUCGGAUUCAGAUGCAGUUGAAGGAGGUAGAGCGGCAGCGGAGCAGCAGCCUCCAAACUCUGGAGACCGUUCAAGAGAAGUCUAGAAAGACAAGUCUGCAUCUCGUGGCUGUAUUUGAGGAUCACAUCACAAAACAGCGAGCCAACAUUGAGAGAGCCUACUGCAGACUGGAAUAUCUCCGAUACUUGUUGGAUACGGUGGCCCUACAAACAAAGGACCUCCACUCUGGCUCAUCCCAGUGUUUUGUGAACUACCCAGGUUUGAGGUUCUAUGGCGCAGCAGCCGGUGCAGCCCAGGGAAGUUGGGAGGUCAUCAACCAUAAGUUGAUCCCGCUGCUCAAAUCUGUACUUGAGGCGCUGAAAGAGAACAAAAGAAGCCAUUUGUCCCCCAAGAUGCUCUUAGGCCUGGGAUCCGAAAAAGGCUAUUCAUCCAGAAGCACCUUGAAGGUUUCUGAAGCUGAUGCUGAAGCGUUUAGGACCAAAACAAGGCAGGGUGCAGCCCCUAUUGUUGCAUCGCUUUUACCAGGAGGACCACUAUCUCAACCCACACCAAAAAGGUCUCAGCUCCUGCAAGAAAUCCAGACAAGGAUCCUCUUGGAAAAGCAUGCCAGCGAAAUGUUGCACCUUGAGCUGUCCUUACUGGCGGAGGAAAUCCACAUGAUCUCUUGCUUCUGGGAAUCAUCCAGACUGAAGAAGAACCUGGGAACAGGACCUGACCAGGACUUAGAAGUGGCCAGCGAAUGGGACAAUCUUCUGAAGGAAUUGGCUGGAUUUCACUGGCGCUCGGAAGAAGAGCUCAGCCAGCAACACUGGGAAGAAACCAAACAUGCCGGACUCAGUCCUGAGGAAGUCACCCUUGAAGAUGGCACGCUUUUCUCUCUGGAAGAGACCUUGCAAAACCUUGCAUUGCUCUGUGCGGAUCUGCAAAAGGCAGACUCUUCCUUGGGUGCAGAGGCUGCAAAAGAAAACAGUGAAACUCACAUUUUAAAGGGCAAGCUCAGUCCAGCAGGAUCAGUGGCACUGAAAAUGCAAGCCAUGGCGGUGAAGAUAGUGAAGCAAGAAACUCUGAAGCAAAUACUCAAACACAGGGUUUUGGAUCAUUACAGCAAACUCCAGAGACGGACUUUCCCUGAAGAGAUAUCCCAGGCCUUGGGACAUUUACACACCGGGGAAAACGUGGUCCAAGACGUGAUUCAGUCUGUUCAAAAGCAGCAAGUGGAGAGAGCUGUGACUUUUCUCCAGAAGGAAAAAGAAGACUUGUCCACUUCUUUCAAUGAAAAAGAUGAAGCCCAGCUGCAAAAACUGCAGGCACUGAUCAGGAUGGAGUUGCAAAUGCAGAUAGAGGAGAAGCUGGAAGCCAAAGAAACAGAAGCCAUCCGGGAAGCAGCAAAGCAGAACCGAAAUCUUCCUGCUGAUUGUUUGGUGUAUUUUCUUCUGAGUGGCCGGCACUUGCGGCAAGCGGCUCUACUGUUGGAAGCCAGCCUUGGGCUUCAGGAAGCUGCCAUAAAAGCUCAAGGUGAUGGGAGCGCCAUGGAAGAAUCUGCCCUGGAUGGCUCAAUGCUGGAUGAAAACACAAAAGCCAUCAUCCAUCUGUUGAAGGAGAAGAAGGAGUAUACCUGCUCCAUGCUGGAGUUGCAGCAAGCAUCUCAGAUGCUCCAGCUGAGAGAGAAGCAAUUCCAAGAGACUGUCCAGAAACUGAAGGCUUAUUCCUCAGACCAGCGUCUGGAGAACGCAGACCAGAUAGCCAUUGAAUUGCAGCAGUUCAGGCAGGAGAAAACCAAGGAGCUGGAAGACCAACUGAGAACUUUCCUAAGCAGCCCUAAAACACAAGAAGGUCCUUCAGACAAUCCCAAUUCCCGCCAGAGUGAAAAGCCCCUGCUAGAAAAAGAAGAAACAGAGGGAAAAGGAAAGGAGAAGUGGGAGAAAUUCCAAGAAGCUUGGUUGAUAGAGCUGGAGGAGACUUACAGAGGCCAAAUAUCGGAGGAGAAAGCAAAGCUGCAAGACCAGCUGGAAAGAGGAGAAUUCAAGAAAUGGUCAAAGCAGAAAUUGCUGAGAGAACAUGACGAGACAAUGGCUUUCCUGGACAAAGCCUUCCGACAAGAGAUGCACAAGCGUCGAGAGAGGAUGGAGAAAGGGAGAAAGAGGAAACACUCCCAUCAACAAGAAAGAAGUCUUCCAGCUUCUGACAUUGGAUCCAUGCAAGGACAACACCAAUCCAACCUGGCUGAGGAGGACAAAGUCUUCUCUCUCUUGGCAGAAUAUGUCAAGAUCCUGAAGCAGACCGAACUCCUGGUGAUGUUGCGGAUCUUUGUCUUGAAUCCUCGGUUCAAACCACUCCUGUCUGGUGGGAACGAAGCAGAUGGGAAUCCACCUUCCCAAAUUCUCACUCUUCUAAAUGAAGUGAAUUGCCAAUUCCAAAAGUGUGCAUCUGCACUUGGGCUUCUAGACAACCAAUAUCCAGAAUACGAUACAGCCAGUUCUUUCCAGGACAUCAUGGAUAUUCAGAUGAGUCCCAAAUCUGGGGAGCUUGUGCCUCUGCUUGCAUCAAGCCUUUCUGCCAGGGAAUUUGUCGUCUAUCAAUAUGGCAUUGUCAUUCUGCAAUUCCUGAGGCCUCUUAUUGGCGGUCCAGAAAUUGACUUAUGUCUGGCUUCCAGCAUCCCUUCAAGCAACGCACCAGGGAAUGCCUUUCGGAACACUUUCUAUUACCAGUGUUCUGGUCAUAAGCUGUUUGUUUUGAGGGAAUGCCUCAGCUGUGUGGGUAGCUUUCUUCUUCUCCUUGUACACUGUCUGGCCCACAUCACUGCCGACGAACUCAGCCACGACUCAAAUCCAGCUUUCCGGAGACUUUUUCACCAGGCCCUUAAGGCUUGCCUGGGUGAGCUGUUCUCUCUCAGGCUUCAAGCAUCAGCAUUUCUGGAGGACAGUAAAUCUGCAGCAAGGAUGAUUAAUGAAGCUUUUCUGAAGAAAGAGGUGGUCGCAGAGGAGAAAAUCAAUCCCUUCUUCUUGAGUCUUUCAGAUGUUAAAGUGAAGCCUUCUACAGACUUGGAGGAGAAGUGUCUCCCACCAUCUUCUGGAGAAAAGGGGACACAUCUUGCAGAGCAGAGUUCAUGAAGAUCAGCUGCUCCAUCAGGUCGAAACACUUGGCUUGGAAGAGGACUCUGUUGCACGAAAUGUGAAAGCACAAACUGAAAAUUGCAAAAGACAAGGUGACCUCAAUGAACCAGCAUUGUCUUCCAAACAACGCUUCAAAAGUUACUUUGCUUUUCUUGGAGGAUUUUGGGAGUUGUAGUCCAAAGAAAAAGGCCCAUUUCCAAGCUCUGCUUAUCGGACUAAGUGGGACAAAAGAGGAGAGAGGCAGAAGGCAAAGUAACUGGGGACUCUGAGUUUCUGAAUUUUAAAUGUGGAUUGUUUUAAUAUGUAUAUAUCUUAUUUGUCCUUUUAAACUGAUGUGUGUUUUAACUGAACUGAUGUGUCUGGUAAUGGUUUUUGUUCCUCAUCUCAAUCCAUGGGCAGAGGAAAGUAAGAAAUUAAUAAUAACAAUAAUAAUUGCAAUCGUCUUGGAGUAUACCAAAAAUAAAGCCCAUCACCAGUAAUGAAUUAAUGGUGAGUAAGACUCUCCUGGGAAAAGAGAUGUUGAGUCUUAAGUUUGCAAUAUCAUUAAAUAGAUCCAAGCUCAACUCAUACCACCUUCUUUCCU